UGCUUUUUAGAAAUAAAAAUAUAUUAAAAUAAAAAUGCUAUUAAGGAAAUAAAAAUCUCUUAAAACUGAAUUCAGGUCCCACAUUUGAUUAAGGGUUCAAAUUUUGUAGUUAAGCAAACUAUUUAAAAUCUAUUAAAAAAAAAUCUAUGAAGAAAAACUAAUAAACAGUGAGGGAGAGGGAGAAUGAAGUGUCUGGAUUUCCAAAGGUUUUGAAACUCUGGGUGACUCCUUUUUCCAUGGGUGCUUUCAGAUUUAGAAAUAAACAAAACACUCCUUGUGGUCACAAUCGAUUACCUCAACGGUGGAGUUAUAAAUACUGGGGGGAAAGAGGAGAAAGAAACAUCCUGGAGACUGACUGCUCUCGAUCUCACAUCACAUUCACGAUGGUGUACGCGUGUCCGGUGCUGCUGCUGCUGCUGCUGCUGUGGGCGCGUCCCUCCCUGCUGGCCGCCUCGCCGCGCACCUACGAGGACACUGACCGGCUGACCGGCGAGCGCGUCCAGUGCGAGCGCUGCCCGCCCGGGAGCUUCCUGCGCGCGGGCUGCUCGUCCGAGCGCCGGAGCGAGUGCGCGCGCUGCCCGGAGGGUUCCUACACGGAGAUGUGGAACCACAUCAGCAAGUGUCUGCGCUGCGGGGCCUGCGGCCGCAACCAGGUGGUCAAGCAGGCGUGCACCGCGGAGUCCGACUGCCAGUGCGAGUGCAAGCAGGGCUACUACUACGAGCCGGACUACGACUCGUGCGUCCGGCACAGAGAGUGUCCAGUCGGACAGGGAGCGCUCACCAAAGGUACUCCAGAGAAUAACACGGUGUGCCAGAUUUGCUCCGGCAGCACCUUUUCCAACACCUCGUCUGCUCACCAAAGCUGCAUGGAGCACAAGAAAUGCAGCGAUUCAGGGCUGAAGAUGGUGCUGAGGGGCUCCUCCUGGCACGACAGCGUGUGCGCCGACUGCACACAGCUCAAAGAUGCCGCAGACUAUCUCAGAGAGACCAUCCCGGAUUUUGUUGUUUACCACAACAUGAACGUCAAGCGGCUGCGCCGAGUCGUGCACAGGCUCUUUCCUGAAGAUUUGGAAAAGAGUAGAAGAACCUCAGGGCUCAGCUCCUCAGAGCUUCACGCAGAGAUAAACGCCUGGGCUGCGUCUGCCACGCCCGCACAGAUUCGACAGCUUCCAGACUUGCUGAAAAACAGAGCUGGCGACUGGCUAAAGAACAUGCUGGACCACAUUGAAACCCGUCUACCUGAGGAGUGUGGUUUGGGGAACGGGACAGAGGGGAAUUGAAGAUCAGAUUAGGCUGAAUCUGUACUUUUUAUUUUUCUAUGCAUAAUGUGUCUCAAAUAUAUCACUUUUUUUGGUCCAAAUGAAAUAUUUUCUCCUGGACAUUCAUUUCAAGAUUCAGUGGUAAUGGGGUAUGGACAAUCCCAGGAGGAUACACAAGGGUUUAACUUGCUGUCUUUGUGAAAUUUCUAAGCGUAUACUAUUUCAGAAAUGUUGCCUGGUAGCCUGAAAUGUUGCAGAAAGUAAUUUAGUUAACUUUUUUAAAGGAGAAAAGUGUUAGCCCUAGAAACCUACCUCUUUUUAUCCCUGCAGUUAAAGACAGAUGUUGCACUUUUUAUCUGCUGGUUUCUAAGAUUUUAUAGUUUUACAAUAGAGCUUAAAGGUGUAUCUCAAUGUUUUUUAUCCUUAAUUUAUUCUCUUUUAUUUAUACGAUUGAAUUAGACUCAGAAUUCAACUGUAUAUAAAUGAUGAAAUUAGCUGGCAUUUACUGGUGAACAUGCGUGUUGUGAACAAUGCAAUAAAAAUGAGCAACAAAAAUA